CAAGGAAUACCUUGUGGUGAUUGAUGGAGUGUUUCUUACUCUACCAAGUUACUGGAUGUACCUUAUCCUUAUUUCAGGAACUCCAGGGCUCUGUGAGCUUUGGGCCUGAUGCUGCUCACGUGUGUGUUCCAUUGCAUGUCUGCUGAGAUGUGUACGCCCAAGUAUCUGUGUGAAAAGACAGUGUCCAGUCUUGGUGAGGCGAUGAGUUCGGUCUUGUCUCCUGCCUUGAGGUGAUCUAUCUCCUCCACGCUACACGGGAAGCCCAAGGAGCAUCUUGAAGUAAAACAACAGAAUGGCAUCCACCUUACGCAUUGCUCUGGUCCAAAUGGCUGUGGCCAAGGAGAAGACCAAAAACGUGGAGCGGGCCGUGCAGCUCAUCAAGGAGGCUGCCGGCAACGGUGCCCAGCUGGUGGUGCUGCCGGAGUUAUUCAACGGACCCUGCCGCCUCAAUGAUACCAAUUACGUGGAGCCCGUCCCCGGCGAGAGCACCGCCUCCCUCGGUGACGCGGCGAAGAAGUUUGGCGUGUUUGUGGUAGGCGGCUCAGUGCGGGAGAGGGAGGGCGACAAGAUCUACAACACCUGCACAGUCUGGGGGCCACAGGGCAACAUGUUAGCAAAGUACAGAAAGAUGCACCUUUUUGACGUCAAUAUCCCUGGUCAACUAGUCUUGCAAGAGUCCAGCUUCUUCACUCCUGGCAACACCUUGACCACCUUUGAGCUCCCCCACUGUAAGAUUGGUCUCGGCAUCUGUUACGACAUGAGGUUUCCAGAAAUGGCCCGACUUUAUGCAAAGUUAGGCUGCAAAGUGGUGCUGUACCCCGGAGCCUGCGGCAUGGUCACCGGCCCGGCCCACUGGCAGCUGCUGCAACGAAGCCGAGCCAUCGACAACCAGGUGUACGUGGCGAACGUUUCUCCCGCUCGCAACACAAACUAUUCUCACGUCACCUGGGGCCACUCCUCGAUUGUCAACCCCUGGGGGAAGAUCAUCGCCACUUGUGAGGAAAAGGAGACCAUCGUCUAUGGUGACCUGGACAUGGACUACGUGGAUAAGGUGCGACAAAUGAUUCCUGUCCUCAAGCAGAUGCGGUACGACGUCAAGUAAAAACAAGAGGCCAUAAGGUGUGUGUGUGUGUGUGUGUGUGUGUGUGUGUGUGUGGUGAUGAUCAACACUUGUCACUAUACUUUGUUUUUAUGUGCCAAAGGUGACCCCUGAGGCUGUGAUGGACCUCAGGGAUGGAGAAAUUUAACCCACUAGAAAAAUAUUAUUAUUAUUAUUAUUAUUAUUAUUAUUAUUAUUAUUAUUAUUAUUAGUAGUAGUAGUAGUAGUAGUAGUAGUAGUAGUAACCCCUAUAAAAGUAAUAUUCCUGUCAGGGUUGGCGGUUUAACCCAAAUGGUUUAAACCAUGGUUUAAACCAAUAAAAACUGUGGUUUAAACCAACUAAUAAAACUUUUUUUUCUUCUUUUCUUUAGUGUGUAUCUUUGUUAGUUUCAUAAGUGUUGUGGCUUUAACUAUAUGUAAGAUUUUAAUUAUGUACAGCAAGAUUGGCGGUUAAAACCAGGGGUGUCAAACUCAAAACCCUUCGAGGGCCAAUUCAUCCUCUGAAGUGCCGUCAUGGGGGCCAACAAGGGUAGAAAAUACAUUGACAAGAUUGAAGUUAUCGUGAUACCGCGGGCCAUUUAUGACUAUCCCGCGGGCCAUGAGUUUGACAGCCCUGGUUUAAACCAAAAACCCAUCAAUAAAACCAGUGUUUUUUUAUGUACCUUUGUUAGUUUCAUCAGGUAUUGUGGUUUCAAUUAUAUAGAAUUUUUAAUUUUUAAUUAUGCACAGUCAUUUUACUAAUACCAGGAUGAAAACAUCAGUUGGUAAACUCAAAUCUCUAUUCAAAUGCUGCAACUUCAAAGUAACUGAAAACAUAAUUUUGGUACAUUAUAUCUAAAUAAUUAAAUGAAUAAAUAAAUAUAUUUGCCACUUCACUAAACAGCAGAUAAAUUGUUUAAGAAAAAUCCUUUCCAACCAUGCAUACAGAAAAAUACUGGUAGCUAAAUUAUGUGUAAAUUCAAAUGUAGUACAAUGCUUAUUCAUACGUAUUGCUUUCUCAAACUUACUGAGCAAAUGCAUAUAACAUACAGUACUGCACUAAGCCACAAAAAUCAGGUAUGUGUAAUUUAUAAUGGAGAACAGCAAAUUUAUAUUCAUUCCUACAGAGCAAUUAUAUAUAUUGCAUACAGUACUAUAUUGAUCCACAAAAAAAUAGUGGUAUUUAAAUUUUAAUAGCAUACAAAAGCAUUAUAUUUUCCAUAGGCCCACUUGAGCUGUGGUUAUGCUAGAAACAACAGAACACUGCGUUAAGAAUAAGAGAGAGAAAGGAAACUAUCAACACAGUAAUAGGCAGUUGGCCUAUAGGAAAGAUUAUCUAGUCCACUGUCUAAUCUAAAUUUAAAUUUUUGUUUAAAAUCUUGUGAAGGAAAACUAGCUUCCCAGCCUUCUCUCACUCCCAGUCUAUUCCUAAGUUUUUAGUGUACCAGGCCAAAUGUGGAAAACAUUCUUUCAACACUUGCAGUAUAAGUCUGUCCAAAUUAACUUGGCCAAUUUGCACCGAAAAGCCCCUCCCCCGUACUGGCUAAGCUCCGCCCCCCUUUCAUCCGAUUGGUUGUUCAUGACAUCAUGUAUUGUUUUAGACACGUACCAAAUAUAUAUGAUUGAGAUAAUCUCGCUAGUUUCAUGAUUAAAAAAUAUUCGUAAUUUAAUUGAAUGACGGCACUCUAAUUUAACAAUCAAU